AGACAACAACUUCGGUCUUGGCAACUAUAAACAUUAUUUCGCAAGUGCUUUUAGUUUAAUUUCAAUUAUUUAAGACUGUGAAGGUGUGAUUAACAACUUGUUGAAAGGUGCACAAAUGCAAAUUCUUUAUAUAGUGUCACCCUACGGUAUAAUGUGAAUAUACGAUUUGAAUGGUUUAACGGUCAGUGGAUGAUAGAGGAUCAUGAAGAAAUCAAACGGGGGGUCCAUGACCCUGGUCAGUAUGUCAGCUGACAACAGCCAGGAUGAAUCCGAUGGAGAACCUUCAUUUAGUACCUUCACAGCUGUUGCUUCCACCGUCAAGUUCCGCAACCUACGAAAUCGUCAUCUUAAACGAAAUCCGCAGGUCAAAGCCUUUGAACGGCGGUACACAGAAUUAGGACCUGCUCUGAUUCCUGAACAGAAGCGGAUAGACUAUGUGCUGGUUCACAGAAAUAAGUUCUCAAACGAGUAUAAAGAUGACGAGAGUAAGAGGGAGGAAUUGAGUAGGAAAGAGGCCAAGAGAGAAAGGUUUGAAUCUGCUCUGAAGAAGGAGGGAUUCGACAUUCAGAAGGAAGUCAUUGGUGAUAAUGUGUUUGUCAAAUUGCACUGUCCUUUCAAACGCUUAUGUGCAGAGGCUGAAAUGGUUAAAAUGGAAAUGCCAUUACAUGGGUGUAUCAAUUACCCUGAGGAGCGUCGGAACUGUUUUUGGAGAUUUAUCGAAAAAUACUUUGAAACAGACAAUGAAAUGGACUUUGUAAGUGCUCCCUUCAUGAUGGACAGAAUUAACUUGUAUGAAGGAUAUGAAGACCCCACUCAUUUCUUUAGACCAGCUAUCCGAUCAAUGCUGGUGGACCACAUACUGUUAAAUAUCGACAUAAGGAGUAAAGAUGAGAGGAAGGAUAAAGGCAGUGUUAAGAGACCUAAAGAAAAAAUAGAGUCAAGUAGCUGUUGUUGCCUUCCUUGUGUAGACUCGAAGGAAAAGGACAAUUCUGGGGACACAAAGAUAAAUGAUACAAAGAAUGAUGAAAAAUUAGAUGAUGAUAAUGAUGAUGAAUUUGAUGAUAUUGAGACCUAUGUUAUUGGCAAAGACGAAGCAGUUGAUGAAAAAAUCUACAUCCCUGGGAAAAUUCAUAGCUUACCAUAUUUGCUAAUGAAGGGUGUAUACUCGGAUUCCUUCAUCCUCCAUGAGGAGUCUGAGUGCAAAGACGAUGAGUCUAUCCUCAAGGACAAAUACUUCAGCGAGGCAAAUGUAGAUUUGGAGGAGAACAAGCCCAAGGAAGAGUUGGAGACAGACCCCCGGAAAAGUCUCAAUGAUACCUGGACCGUCUUCUAUAAGUUCCAGCCACUGUGGAAGAUCCGGAACUAUUUUGGAGAGAUGAUUGCCCUGUACUUUGCCUGGGUAGGAGAAAUGACCACCAGCUUAUGGAUCCCAAUGUUGUUAGGAUUUGCGAUAUUUUUGUAUGGUUUGAAAGUGAGCGUUGAAGCAAAUGAAUCCAAGUUUGAUAUUCCAUCCAAUAUUUCAGACUCAGAUAGGCUAAAAUAUGAAGUUGAAGCUCUUUUGACCACCUUUCGGAGUUCUUUUGACAAUGAUGUCACUCCAUAUUUUGCCCUGAUCAUCUGUAUAUGGGGAACCAUGUUUUUGGAGCGAUGGAAAAGGAGGAACGCUCAACUGGCUUAUGAAUGGGAUGUGGACAACUUUGAGCAUAACGAGCCUGAUCGACCCCAGUUUUAUGGGUUAAAGGUCAAAAAGGACCCCGUCACUCAGGAACCCAAUUGGUUUUAUCCAUUCAAAAGGCAGAUUCUGAAGUUCACCGUCUCAGUUUCUACACUGUUAUUUAUGAUGCUGAUUGUCCUGGUGAGUGUGGUGGGAGUUAUUGUGUACCGUCUAGUCACCACCCUCGAGUACUGUCCGGGGAAGAGCGCCAUCCAAUGUCUGAUCACCUCCACUCUCCUGUCUGCCGUUCUCAAUGCAGUCUCCAUCCUCCUCCUGGGAAAGCUUUAUGAAAUACUUGCAUUCAAACUGACAGAGUGGGAGAACCACAGGACCCAGACCCUCUAUGACGACGCUCUGGUCACCAAAAUGUUUGCUUUCCAGUUUGUCAACAGUUAUGCUUCCUGUUUCUACAUUGCAUUCUUCAGAGGGCGCUUUGAUGUAUUUGGUUACUCUGAUGAAUGCGUGGGGGACUCAGGAACAUGCAUGUCCCAGCUGUCUUUCCAAGUCCUUAUUUUGAUGAUCAUCAGACCGUUCCCUAGAAUUGCCAAAGAUCUCAUCAUACCACUGAUAAGGAAGCUAUGGAGAAGUCGACCUAAUUGGUGCUGUCGUAUAAAUGCCUGUCCUUGUGAUUGCUGUAAUAAAAUCAAUCGCAUCAGCACAGAAGAAGCCAAAGAUGUGUUUGAAGCAAACAAGAGGCUGUUGUCCAACUUCUUGGAGCGGGAACGAUUGAAGCAUCCACUCGGUGACUUCACACUGAAUGAAUAUACAGAAAAAGUCAUCCAGUAUGGGUUUCUAAUGCUGUUUGCGGCCUCUUUCCCAUUGGCCCCCUUGAUGGCAAUCCUGUUGAACCUGAUUGAUAUACGAAUUGAUGCUAAGAGAAUGCUUUGGAGCAAUAGACGCCCUAUUGCAUAUAUUCGGCAGGACAUAGGCAAGUGGUUUGGUAUUCUGAACUUUGUGAACACUGUUGGGGUGAUCACCAAUGGAUUCCUGAUAGGUUUUACAUCCACCUGGGCCUCUUCCUUUGACCUAUCAUCCAAACUCUGGAUUGUUCUGGGAUUUGAGCAUAUUGUAUUUGUUCUGAAGUUUCUCAUCGCUUACCUAAUUCCUGAUGUUCCUAGAGAUGUUCAACUUUCAAUACGUCGAGAGAAAUAUCAAGUUGCCAAAAUACUAGAGGAUGCCAAAUACAGCGAAGCUAUUAACUAUGGGGAAUUGGUUCCCAAGCAUAAGAAGAAAAGAAAGCACCGAUCUUCCAAUUAUGACACCUUUGUCCAGUUGGAUGAAAGUGUUGGGAAACCUAAAGAGGAUCUUAAGGAUACUGCAAUACCAGAGGAAAAUGUGUUCAAAGAGACAGAGUCUGCCCCGCAGGAGAAGUCCGAUUUCAAUCGAUCAUCAUCGGAGGAAUCUGUGAAGGAGCAAUGGUAUGUUGUUAAGAGAGACAUAAGCACUCCAAAAGUCGCCAGUGCAAGAACAGGAGGGGACCUAAGUAUUUCUGGGGUGGAUCCCAAGUUAAAGAAUGGUGGGUCAGCAGAUUCUAUUGUGUAAAGAAAGGGGAAUCAAGGAAGCUGUGCAAACCUUAACACAUCAUAGACAACCUCUUACUCUGUAAAAGGAUGCUGCCAGACUGUUACUAGAUUUAGACAAGAGAUUGGAGUUUGAUAUGGACAAAUAGGAAACUACAGUCACAGAAUUCUAUGGAUCUCUUUGUGUAUUUAGCAACUAGCUAUCUCAUACAGCAAUGACAUCUGCAGUUAUGACCAGCAACAAGUGCUCCUUAUAGAACUUAUACACUGUUAUAAAAAAAAUCAUCGGUAGCCUUAAUUUGUAUUCCAUAAGUUAUCCCCCUGUUAGAGACACUUAAAUUAGGGUAAAAUAAACAUGCAUUCUCUUCAUCAUCUGUAAGCUGUGGCAGUACAUGUACUGAGCUGAGGCUGUCUGUCUGUUCAAAGACAGUCUCUAGGCUUCUGAUCUCAUCUUCUGGUUAAGUUGAUUUGUUUUGGAGAACAGCUCACAAUAGCAAUGGUACAGUAAACAUUGCUUCAAGAUCUCACUAUGACUGAGUCUGAGUAUUGCAUGAGGAUAUCCAAUAUAGAAAUAGGAAAUGGAAUUUGAAUCAACCAACUUAUACAACAGAUUGCUACAUACUACACAUGCUUUUUGAAAUUUGUCUAGAUUUAGCUAUAAUGAUAAAAUUAUGUAGUAGUGCUACCUUGUAUUUAUAUACACUUUCAGUUAUACCAUAUUGUAAUCCUGAAAACUUAUAAUUGUAGGCAAGAUGAUCAAAACACUGUCUACAUGCAGGUUGUGUUCCAUCUUAACUUGAUUUUUGUUUAUACAAUGUAUUUUGAUUUGUCCACCCCAAAUUGAAUCGAUUGAAGUUGGGCCAACUUGAUCCCCAUGCAGUGCUGUAGUGGGUAUAAUUAAUGUGGUGCAAAUUAUACCCAGUAAAUCUACCGGUAGUAAAAUAUGGGAUAUUUUCACUCUGCAGAUGAUUUUGUGGAAGCAAUAUAGUUUUAUAGCUGUGAUACAUGUAGAGAUAUGCCGGUAUGCUGUGUUUCCAUCAAUAUUCGCUGUGCACCA